AUGAAAAGUGAAACAAUUUCAAUUGUUAUGCAAUAUUUCUACAAUAUGUGCUUUCUUUUUUCCAGUAUCAUUUUGUUUUCUGAUAAUGUACUGGUAGAAUUUUAUGGAAAUGAUACACCGGAAUUCAAAGGAUCCAAGCAUGGUCGCAUGUACCUUACAACACAUCGUAUGAUCUACAACUCGAAGAACACAUCUGAUAAUCUAAGAUCAUUCAGCUUUCCAUUUAUUGCUCUACAAGAUGUCACUGUGGAACAGCCAAUGUUUUCUGCAAAUAGCAUUAAAGGAAAAGUGCGUGCUCAACCAAAUGGUAAUUUCAUUGGAGAAGUUAAAUUUAAACUGACAUUUAAAUCUGGUGGCGCUAUUGAAUUUGGUCAAGCUAUGCUAAAAGCUGCUCAUCUCGCAUCCCGUCACAUGUCAGCGGACGCGCCCCCUCCGCCAUACAUGCCGCCGUCCGGUCCGUGGUACGCCGCUCCCCCUCCCGCAUACGCACCCCCUCCACAAGGAUAUUACGGAUGGGUACCGCCUUAUGCAGCUUUCCCAGAUCAACCAUCGCCAAACUCCGUUUUCGUUUCGAACAGUCCUCCUCCUUACCCUGGUGUAAUGGGCGUGGCUUACCCUCCGGCGGGAGCAAUAUCCGGUGCGAACAGUCCUACAGGUGCGCAGGCCCAUGGUUAUCCAAACGCUCCCGGUUACCCGGGUAACAAUCCCCCUGGUUACCCGGGUAACAUGCCUCCCCCCGGUUACCCCGGGGGAUUCGCGCCCACCUCGGGAAUGUCGUCAAGUGAUGCUAAGGCGGCUGAGGCAGCUCAAAGUGCUUACUAUGAUCCCAAUAAACCACAAACAGCCUAUGUCCCACCACCGUAUGAUCAACCGCCAACCUACCAGGAGUCUAUGUCCAAGAAAGAAAACUGA